UUGUUUAUUUGAUUUUGCCAAACAAGUUGUGGGAAAAAUAGAGAUAGAGAGAGAAGGUGACUAACCAUUCACGCCACGAUAAAGCUUUGGUAGGUUGUCUGCAAUUCUGAAAUUAGGGCCAAAACCUAGAGGGAGAAAGAUGGUGGGUCAUAACCCUAUAGAGGUGGCGAAGACGGUGGUGGAGGUGGCGGACGUCGCUUGGACCGCUAUGGAGCGUUUCGACCGCCACCACCACCACGACGAGGCAGCCGCCGAUCGCAACAAUUCGCCCCCAUCUGAAAACGAAUUGGAGGCCCUGCGAUCAGAAAAUCAGCGUCUCAGGAACUUGCUCGAAAAGAACCUCAAUCUCCUUCAAAACCUCUCGGAAGCUCCUUGUUUGUCGCGAGAUUGCCCUUCUGAUUUGUAUGCUCGUCUUGUAGCUACUGUGGAUUCUGAAAACUUCUUGACUCAACUUAAAUCUCUAAGUCUUGAAUCUGUGGAUGGAACUGGAUGCAAAUUUCCUUUCAAGGAUGUUUCAGGGGCCGAUCUUCAGUCAUCUGAAAUAUUAAUUAAUGUUGACUUGGAAGAACCGAGUUGGUGGGUGUGGGUCACUGAUGAAAUGGUUCCAAGUAAUGUUGAAGAAAGGAGUGGAAUUGAUAAUGAAAGUUACGUAAUUGUUACUGAAGAACAAGUGGUGGACGGGGUUGCCAAUUUUAUGGCUAGAUGCAUCCUGUCUAACCCAAAAGCUCAGAGUUUGAAACCAGAGGAGCUUCAAAAUGUUCUGACAAAUGCGUUGGGUGGCAUGAACAAGUUGGACAAGAUGUUACAUGUUUGGCAUGCUGGGAUGAUGUUUUAUACGCUUUCCACCUGGGGCCUUGCUUUGGUUGGGUUGUACAAGAGUCGUGCCGUAUUGAGACUUGCUGCAAAGGGAAUUCACACAACCGGCAAAGUUGUUAUGAGGGCUCUCUGAAAAUGGGUAUUUGACUAUUUUCUACUUUGAACAAUUAAAAAUGUGAAUAAACCCUCUUUAAACGAUUAUGACUUUCGAGUGUUCCCUCGUGUAGACCAACAAAAACCAAGGUCCUCUCGAGUCUCUAUCUCAGUCACCCCCUAUCAAUGUAGAUAAUUGUAAAUAAUGUUGGUGUGUGUGUAGUGUGUUACUGUGUGUAUAAUUUGAAAAUUCUUUUCGGACUGGUGACUGCCAUCUCAAUGGAAAACUGCAUUGGCUGAUGCUGUUAUAAUGCUCAAA